UAAAGUUCCGCUUAUCGCACAAGACUCAAAAUAAGUCAUCAUGCAAUUGUUUAAUUUUUUGCUAGUCUCCACCUUAUUUUUGGGUGCAGUUUUAGCCGCCGAUUCGCCCAAGGUUAAGAUUGGAAUCAAAAAGCGCGUUGAGAAUUGUCAGCGCAAGGCCAAGACCAACGACUUGGUGCAUGUGCACUACAAGGGCUCUCUACAAGAUGGUACCGAAUUUGACAGCAGCUAUAACCGUGGAACUCCCUUCUCAUUCACACUGGGAGCGCGGCAAGUGAUUAAGGGCUGGGAUCAAGGCAUCAAAGGCAUGUGUGAGGGCGAACGUCGCACUCUAACUAUUCCUCCAGAAUUGGGAUAUGGCGCCAGUGGAGCUGGUGGCGGCAAGAUUCCACCCAAUGCUGUGCUUAUCUUCGAUGUUGAACUUGUAAAGAUCGAGUCACGAGGCUCCGAAGAGCUGUAAUUCCAAAUAUAAAAAACACUGGCGGCAUUUGGCGGUGCAACAACAAGAGACAGUGCUGCCCUAAUAGCUUUUUUUAGUCUAAUAAAAAUCCAAUUUUUUGGGAAAAUUUUCUAUCAAA